AGAUAAGUGGAGUAACAUAGAGAAGGAUAGAAAAUACCGUGUGAGACGUUGGAACGUUGCGAAGUAUAAGGCAACGUGGCGAGCGCGACUGCACUGGCAAGAGGCGAACGUACGGACCGUCGGACGGACGGAGCACGCCGGGUAUACGCGAGCGAGCGAGCGAGAGGUGAAGUCUAAGUGAGGGAAGUGAGUGCGGAGUAUAGUCGAAAGCGAAGAUCGGAGGAAGAGGAGAACCGGAGGAGAGAGAGACCCAUUCAUCUUGACGCGCCUAGCAUGCCUGUGAUUGGUCCACCUUGAGUAAGGCCACGCCACGAUUGGACGGUUCUGUUUACCAGCUGGUUCCCCAGCGCGCUCCUGCCUCGUAGAGGAGAGGGGUGAACAGAACGGAGAGACAAGCGGCGCCAUUAUUGUAAGGGGUUACAUUUAGCUGGCCGUGGGUUGUAGUACGCGGCGUUCGGGAUAGGGGGCUAUAGUACCUUCAUGCAUGGCCCAUAAAGGAUUCGUCGACUAUCCGAGAAGUACGCAAGAAACGGCUUCUAACACCUGACAGGGGCCACGCUCUUCUCGUCUCUCUCCUCGUGCCGUCGCCGGCUACGCCGUCGCCUAAUUUUGCAAGCUGGGACCCACGACCGGACCGACCGGGGUGGGCCUGAUUGAAGAAGGACCUACCGAAUUACUUUAUCGUCGAUUCUCAUUCUGAUACACGGAUGGAUUUGUAAUCGGAAGAUGCGAUUACGUUGAAGCGCGCGGAACCAAUGCUCCGAAUGCGAAGAAUCGCGAUUGGUGGCUCCUAACUCCGAGAUCGAGAGGAGGGACAUGUCAUUUACCGUCGCGGACAGUCGAUGAUUCGUGGUCAGUCGUCCCCAGUGACCGCAUCCCGCCGCGUUUCGGUAUUGUUGUUGUGAUAAUGUGCUGAGUUGCGUAAGUGGCAGUAAAAGUGGACGUUGAUUGCUGAUAGGGAAGAAGAUAGAUAGUGGACGCGGGAAGCGAUAAAGCAAAUAGAAAAGAUUUUCUGCCGAGUAGAGAGAAAGUGUUACGCGUUCUUCCACAACGACGACGAUAUUUACGGCUUGAAUCGAGAAAACAGUGCGAUCACGAUCCGUGCGAAGACGGAUUAUGGCGGUGAGGCAGCAGCCGGUGGACGUGCCGUCACGGUGUCGGUGUUGAGACACUCGUCCCGGUCAUCCGGCCCGGGCGUGUCUUCGGCAUCAGCUCCGCAUCGGCACCGACACGAGGCGAUAUGAGUACGAAAUUCAUAAUUGAUAGUAUGCUACCUGCUAAGUACCAGCAAUUCCACCCGCAACAAUUAUUCUCAAGCGCAAAUCCAGGUACAAUUCAGUGCACAACGAGUCCGGCUACCGCGAGCCUAGAAUCGAGUUUAUCCGCGGCUGCAGUAGCGGCCGCGGCGGUCAAUUACGCGCAGCAGCACAAUUCACCGAGCCCGACGGGUUCGAGUCCACAGCACUCAGGAAGCUCCGCUUCGACCUCACCGGCGGCGCGUACCACGUCCAGUAUGUAUCCCUACGUAUCCGCCGCAGCGGCGCAUCAUCAUCAUCAGCAACAGCAGGCGGUUGCGGCCGCCGCGUUCGGCGCCACGUCUAGCAUGGUGCCCGGUUUCGGAUCCUCAGCGGCAUCCAGCGCUGCCCUAGCUGCAGCCGCCGCUGUGGAUGCCGCGACUGCCGGCGACAAAUCCUGCCGUUACACAGCUAGUCUCACCGGUAAUGUCGCACCUACAUCGGCCGAUCCUAUGGUUAACUAUACUCUCGGUCAUCAUCAUCAGAACGGUGCUACGCCCGGUAGCCUCGUUUCGUCCGCGUCUGCUUCUUCGGCCGUGUCGGCCGCAUCGGCCUCCAUGGCAGCGGCGGCACAAUUCUACCACCAAGCGGCUGCAGCAUCGGCCGUUGUCGAUCCCUUGACAUCCUGCCAGCAACCUACCACCGGUCAACCCGGAAUCUCGGACAUACCUCGCUAUCCAUGGAUGUCGAUUACAGAUUGGAUGAGUCCAUUUGACAGAGUAGUGUGCGGUCCGAACGGUUGUCCAAGGCGCAGAGGCCGACAGACGUACACGCGGUUCCAAACAUUGGAAUUAGAAAAAGAGUUUCACUUUAACCAUUACCUGACGCGACGACGACGAAUAGAGAUCGCGCACGCGCUCUGUCUGACGGAACGACAGAUCAAGAUUUGGUUUCAAAAUCGACGAAUGAAGCUGAAAAAGGAGUUGAGGGCGGUGAAAGAGAUCAACGAGCAAGCCAGACGCGAGCGUGAGGAGCAAGACAUGAUGAAGAAACAGCAGGCGGAGAAACAGGCCAAGUUGCAGCAGGAGCAGCAGAACGCCGCUCUCCAGCAUCAGCAACAACAUCACGUAAGCGGCCUGGAAAAGACGCAAAGCGAUCUUCUGAAGGCAGUCAGUAAGGUACCAACAUAGGAUACCUUACUGAGCCGACUCUCUUUCUUUUAAGGAAGACACAAGAGACUGGAGCGGCCUGGAUGAAGACGCCGAAGCGAAGUAGUCGGUAAGGUGUUCGGCCACGUAGAAGAUCCUGAGUUCACUUCCUCUCAUCUUCGCACGCGACGAGACAGGUACGAAAAAAAAAACAUGGAAACUGAGGCGAGGGUCUCCGCAAUCUUCUUCGAGUCGGUGAGCCGAUGGUUGCGCGAGCAGAGGACUUGGCAGCUGCGAUCGUCGGUUUUGCAUCGAGAGGGAGAAGAUAGCGAGAUCUGGGAGGCCUGGAAGAUAUACAGAGCGGUCUUCUCUGGACGGAUAAGAAAGGUACGACGAAUGCCUUGCUGAAUCGGUUCUCUCUUUUGUUUUUUUAAGCAAAAAAAGGUAAAAAGUAAUGUAGCUCUUACGAUGUAGACAAAAAAAUCUCGAGGCAUAGAGAAUGAACGCACCCCACCCCAACUACGUACUUACUUGGUUGACCCCCGAAAGGCGACACGCGAACGUUCGCACGGGGGCUCAGCCUGUGACUGAUUCCUAGAACGUAUAAUGUAUAUUGUUAAUCGGGUGCUACACAAUGAGCCAUCGCGAUUAUCAAGCGAUGAACGCAUGAAUUGGCGCGAUACUGCCAUGGAGAGCCAAUAAUUACGUCGAGGCGGUGAGUAGACUAAUUAAACGGAUCGAAACUGAAAGAUUAAUGGUCGUAUAACCAACCGAAUAAUGAACGAUGACAUUACGAUUAAUUGAUCGAGCCUUGAGGGAAGAGAAGGUAGACGAAUCAAAUUGUACAAGCGAAUCGGCGUUCAGUUGCAAGACGAUGAAGAAAUCAGGGGAGCAAAUUAAGGAUUUAGCUAAUCUUCAAUUCAUCGCUUACAUCGUGAACGUGUGAAUUUUGAAGAUUUAGCUAUAUUCUCUCUGUUGUAACAUGCAUCGUCAUUUCGAAGGAAGAAAUCCAACGAGACUGUUCAAAAAAACAGAGUCGUUAUUUCCGACGCUGAAACGUUCCGCUUCCUUCGUACGAC